CUCCAUCAGAUGCAUCUCUCCAUUUCAAGGUCACUCACCUUCGCUCUCCAACCUCUCCUCCUACUCUUGCUCUUCCACUUCCCGUUUAGUUACCUCUACGUCUGACAAGGUCCUAUCGUUCAUGCUGUCGCUGGGAGGCAUACUCACUCACCGAUUCCACUUCCUUCUCUCUUCUCAGUCGCCGUAUCUCUGAUAAGCCUCCUGACCUCUCUCAGCAGCUCUAUCGUCCAUUCUACACCCGAUGGCUACCAGAGAUCACUGCCUACUAUGCUUUGAGGCGCUAGAAGCCCAUCUCACACAUCGGAAAGCUCUGACUUUGGAAGAGAUUCAAGAAUAUUCAGCCUCUGCCUCAGAUUCAGAGCCUGUUGCUCCAAAGACCCUUGACGAUCCCAGUCUUCGACAUCUGGCGAUCCCUGAUGCCAGCGCUUCGUCUUCUUCCUCUUCGACCUCGCUCGGUGCUUCCACACCUGCCACGAGCACCUCUUCCCUCCCUAUUCCCCCAACAUCUGCCCCGCUAUUCGUCACAUGGAAUACGAUGGAGGAUGGCGAGCCCGUGCUCCGCGGUUGUAUCGGCACAUUUGAAGCUCAAGAUCUAGCUGAGGGUAUUCCGGAGUACGCCCUUAUCUCUGCCCUUCAAGACACUCGCUUCUCCCCAAUCAGAAAGUCCGAAUUACCUACACUCCAAGUCGCAGUCACACUCCUGACCGAUUUUGAAGAAGUCGAUGACAUCUUCAACUGGGAAAUUGGCGUUCACGGCAUCCGACUCUCAUUCUACGACCGCGGUCGCCGCUAUGGCUCAACUUACCUCCCAGACGUAGCCUCCGAGCAGGGAUGGACUAAAGAAGAAACUCUUUUCAGUCUCAUCCGCAAGGCGGGGUGGACUGGUAGUCGAGGACGCUGGAAAGACUUGGACCUCAAGGUCACACGCUACCAGGGCAAGAAAACUACUCUGGAGUACGCUGAUUACAAGAAGUGGAUUGAUGAGGCGUGACGAGGUGGCUAGAGGGUAAGAAGACGCUUCUAGACAUAGAGGCCCGGCGUUUAUGGCAAUGCAGAUGUGAUUAUCGGUGACACAUUUUCUCUCAUAUUUGCUCAAGAGGCAGAGCUGGGUUUGUAAGCAUUCACAUCUAACAGGCAGCUACAGACAAUAAAUCUCAUGAUUGAUUUUUACUUGCAGGCUUGGGUGGCUAUUCACAACGCG